GGGGCAGGCCACAGUGGGGCCGCAUCGGUGGCAGAGAGUGACGUCAUCGUGAAAAAGUGACGUCACCAGACGCGAUGCGGUGUCGCUGGGAGCUGAAAUGGCACAAAUUCGGUCUGAGUCACCACCGACCGGCCUCCUUCGGAACUGCGCAGUGGCAGGAUCCGGACAAAAUCAGCAUCGGCUAUGUCAUCUACCGCUUCGUCAUAUUCAUCUACUUCUGGAGUUUCUUCAUCUACGAUCUGCUGAGUGACUAUGACACCAUUCAGAUUAGUUAUUAUAUGAUUUAUCUAACAAACUGGACGUAUCUAUCAGCCAUUGUGGACAUCGCGGUACAGUUUCUCUCUGCUCUGACUGCAGCCUUCAGAAGCCGGAACGGUAUAAAGCCACUGGUUCCCCACUGGCUGUACAAGACACACUGGGUGAUAGUGAACAUCUCCCACACGAUAGCACCGCUGGUCACAAUCAUGUACUGGGGAGGAGUCUUCCCCUUCCUCGACUAUCCGGUGACGUACGCCGACCUGCACCUGCACCUGCUGACCACGCUCUACACUAUGGCCGACCUCUUCAUCCACGGCACCCCCCGGCGCUACCACCACGUCGUCUACCCGCUGGCCUUCGGCAUCACCUACCUCCUCUUCAGCAUCAUCUACUACCUCUGCGGGGGCGUGGACGGCAGCGGCAACACCGGGAUAUAUCCCAUCCUGGACUGGGCUAAGCCGGGACUAUCGACAGGAACAGCCGUGGCGGCGUUGUUGUUGGUCCUAGGACUUCACGCAGCUACAUGGGGUGCGGUAAAGUUGAGGCUGAAGCUACAUGGAAAGUGGAGAGGAAAGAAGGUGACUGUUGAGGCAGGAUUUGAUGCCAAUGGUGGAGAAGGCGGUGGAGGAUCAGCUGAGGGUUCUUCCGGAGCGGUGACGAGUUCUGGUGACGUCACAAGUUCUGGUGACGUCACAAACGGCGAGCGGGACGCAUACAUCAGUGUGGAUAUAGGAGACUCUUCAGGGCGAGCGGGGCAGAGUGAGAACCAGAAGGGUGAACAGGAUGCUGGCAAGGGUAAGGCGUUUGAUAAUGCUGGACUAGAGGUGGAGGAUGAUGGUGCUGUGAAUUCACCAAAGAGUGGAGACAGGACUCAAAUAGUGUAACCAGGGUUUGGUAAGGGUCAUGCAGGCUUCAACCGAGUAUAUAUUCCCAUAAAUGUCUCAGUUUAAGUGAGAUGUAGCUACCAUGAGCUACUUAUGCGAGACUUACAAGAAAUGACUGGUGAUGAUUUAUAAGGAAUGACGCAAUAUGAGGAAUAAUCCAGGGUAUUUAAUGCGAAGGCCCCAUGCAAGGUCUUCGCUUACAGGGUGCUCCAACGAUGUAUCGGGAUGAUGAUAGUCACUGGCUUACUCAGAAAGAUGUAAUGGGCAAAUAGUCAGCCAAAAAGCGUUAUUACAGACUUAUCUCUUUAAAAAUGUUUGAGAGUAACAAAUUAUCUUGACUUAAGUAUUCCUUCGGUCAGGAAUCGUCAUAGUGAUUGGAUUAGGGAAAUUUUCAUUUGCCAAAUUAUGUAACAAUGAAUGCGACUGUUAAUUGAGCGAUUGUUAUUUUACGAUAAUCCUUAGCUGCAGCCUUUUCCGCAAUACCUAUUCAUCAAACACCAAACAUACCACCACUCUCCGUUGGUCGAUUUGAUGCCGGUUGUAUAAUACCAACUGGUAUUAUACACACUGGUGUGUGAACUGAGUGGAAGGUUUCCACUCGCUGUUAUAUCAUCGCCUCAAGUCGUGGACAUGACUUGUCGCAUUGUCUUCGAUCCCGCGCGAGUGUCAUUGAACAACUGUGAUACCUAUUUCUGAUUGACGCAUGUGACUUUAUCACAAGCCAUCUUAUGACGGGAUCAUUGUCGCCAUCUCCUUCUUAUCAGGGGCUGAAGUGGUCGCCAACCGCCGAAAUUUGACAGAUUUACGCCCCUAAAAGGUCACGAUAGUCGUCAGGUAGAACCAGGGUGUGCCCUGAUAAUGUGGAAAGUGUACAAGAACUGUAACCGUGCCUCAGUUUUGUUCCUAAGCGCUGCGAUGACUUGGUGUUCCUAUCUUGUUGUGAACUGUCUGGUGCAAGUGGUUGCUGAUGUUAUGUUUGAAGAUAACUACAUAUUCAAAUUUCAAAAUGUGAUUUACUAUGAAUAUAACUUAUAAAUAUGUCGCGGAGCGCACAUCCGUAUAAUGAUAAGGGAAGAGCAAAAAGGUUAUGAAAUAGUUUCUUCGCUCUGGUGUCCAUUCUUUCUCAUCGUUCACUUUUGCCAGUAUCUGUUUCUGCCGAAUAAUUGUCGUUUUCAAAUGAUAUUUGAUAUUGCAUCAAUGAAUAUACGCCCAUUACGCUUA